AUGUCUCGUGGGGGCCUUCAGAUUUUCUUUGUCUCUUUGUGGCUACUCCAGCUGAGCUGCUCCCCGACGGGUGGACGCCCAUGUUCUCCCAGAAAUUUUGGGCAUGGCUCCUUGGUGUGUGAAUGCGGGGCUGAUUAUUGUGAUACUUUGGAGCCCCUCACUCUCCUGAAUCGGGGGUCUUAUGUGAAGUACGAAAGCAAUAAAGCCGGACGCCGUGUGGAGCGCAGCGAGGGCCUCCUGGUGGAUAAUCCUUCCGAGAACGAUAAUCUGGUUUUGAAACUGAAGACGUCGCAGAAGUAUCAAAAGAUCAAAGGCUUCGGAGGGGCCCUGACGGAUUCGGCGGCUAUCAAUAUCCUGAAUUUGUCGCCCAAAACUCAGAGAAACCUGCUCAAAUCUUAUUUCUCCAGCGAAGGCAUUGAGUAUACCCUGAUCCGGGUGCCCAUGGCGAGCUGCGACUUCUCCGUCAGGCUGUACACUUACGCCGACGUGGAGAACGAUUUCGAGCUGAAGAACUUCAGCCUGACGGACGAAGACGUCAAAAUGAAGAUCCCGAUUUUGCAACAAGCCCAAGCCGUCGCCCCACGACCCCUGUUGCUCUACGCCAGUCCCUGGACAUCACCCGUCUGGAUGAAAACCAACGGCGCCAUGACGGGCCGUGGUACCCUGAAGGGUCAACCGGGUGACAGAUAUCACAAGACCUGGGCGAACUAUUUCAUCAGAUUCCUGGACGAAUACGCCAAGUACAACCUGACCUUCUGGGCCAUAACGGCCGGCAAUGAGCCCACGGCCGGCGACAUCAUCUUCUACCCUUUCCAAUGCCUCGGAUUCUCCCCCGAGCACCAGCGGGAUUUUAUUGCGGAGGACCUGGGCCCGGCCUUGGCCAACAGCAGCUACAAGGGCAUCGAGCUCAUCAUUCUGGACGACCAGAGAGUGAUGUUGCCUUACUGGGCAGAAGUGGUUCUGAAGGACCCCAAGGCCACCCAAUACAUCAACGGGAUCGGCAUCCACUGGUACCUGGACUUCUUGGCCCCCAUCGACUUGACGCUGUCCAUCACCCAUCACCUCUUCCCCAACUAUUACCUCAUCUCCACCGAGGCCUCGACGGGCUCCUAUUUUUGGGAGCCCCGGGUGGUGCUGGGGGGCUGGGAUCGCGGCAGCAAGUACAGCCACAGCAUCUUGACGAAUCUCAACAAUUACGUCACCGGGUGGACGGACUGGAAUCUCGUGUUGGACAUGGAAGGGGGCCCCAACUGGAGCAAAAACUACGUGGACAGCCCGGUGAUUGUGGAUAAGGAGAAGGACGUCUUUUACAAACAGCCUAUGUUCUACCACAUGGCCCAUUUCAGCAAAUUCCUCCCGGAGGGAACUCAGCGGAUCGAGAUCCAGAAAAGCAGCUCCUGCGAUUUGGAGUUCUCCGCCUUCCUCCGCCCGGAUGGCUCGGCCGCUGUGGUGGUCUUGAACAGAUCCCCCGAGGAUAUCGCUUUCGGGAUCUCGGAUCCCGGGGUGGGCUACAUCGAGGCCAUUGCUACGGCCGACUCGAUCCAGACCUACCUGUGGCAACGCCCUCCAGAAGAAUGAAGACCCCAUCCCACCCCCGAAGCCCUUGAAAAACGGAAUCCUUUCUUUGCCCGAGGAAGUAGAAAAAAAUAAUAAUAAUAAGGGGAGUGGGAACGACUGAAUCCUGGGGAAGGGUCUGUUGUGUCAAACCCUCCUCUAACCAGAGAUUGAAACGUAGGCUGGCAUAGUCUUAGGAUCUGCUGAAUUAAGAUUCAACCUGCUUCUCCUCGCCGUUAAACCUUCCCACGUAUCUUUGUUUUUCAGAAUAAAUCUGUUUUUUUUUUCCUUUUCUAGAAACGCGUCUGGUUGAGUUUUUUUUCUUCUUCUCGGCUCUAGGAAGGCAAAAGGGAAGGGGAUUUAGGCAGGAAGCCGAGAGACCCUCGGCUUUUGCCCCCAAAUGUACUUGCGUCCCUCCGAUGUGCACGAUUGGACUCCGAAUCCCAUGCUCUGGACUCAAAAUCCCAUGCUCCUCUUGGGAGCUGCUGAAUGAAGAUUCCACCUGCUUUUCCUCUCCGUUACCUUCCCACGUAUUCUUUGUUUUUUUUUGGGGGGGGGGGGGAUAAAUCUGUGUUUAUUUUUUUCUAGCAAUACAUCUGGUCCGGUUUUCUUCUUCUUGGCUCUAGGGAGGCAAAGAGUGGGGGGGGAUUUAGGCAGGAAGCCGAGAGACCCUCGGUUUUUGCCCCCAAAUGUACUUGCGUCCCUCCGAGGUGCACGAUUGGACUCCGAAUCCCAUGCUCUGGACUCCGAAUCCCAUGCUCGUAGGACAGUGGUGGGUUUCAAAAAAUUUUCGAACCUACUCUGUGGGUGUGGCCUCCUUUGUGGG